AGGGGGCGCCGUCCCGCCCCGCUCCGCCACAAGAUGGCGGCGGCCGCGGCUGCGCGCGCGCUGCGGGCCGUGCCCCGCGUACGCUCCGUCCCCCAGGCUGCCCGGCACCUCCACACCACCCCGGCCUGCCUCAAGACGCGGGCGGCGCGGGUGCGCGUGGGCAAAGGGGACAAGCCAGUGACCUACGAGCAGGCGCACGCCCCCCACUACAUCGCCCACCGCAAGGGCUGGCUGUCCCUGCACACCGGGAACCUGUGCGGGGAGGCGGGGGCGGCGGAGCGGGCGCUGGAAGACGCCUUCCUGCGCCGGUUCCUGCACGGCACCUUCCCGGGGCUGCUGGCCGACGCCGCCGUGCUCAAGCGCCGCGCCAACCUGCUGGUGGUCUGCGUCCUGCUGGCGCGGGGGCUGGCACCCGCCAAGCUCCACUUCCUGGGGGGCUACGCCGAGACCCUUCUCUCUCACUUCUACAAGUGCCCCGUGCGCCUGGAGCUGCAGACGGUGCCCGCCAAGGUGCCCUACAAGUACCUCUAAGUGCCCCACGGCGCCGCCCAGGCGCGGGGGGGGCGGAAAUAAAGUGGAGGCUGUGCCCA